AUGCUGCUUUCCUCGGCUUUCCUGCUGGCCGCCCAGCUGCUGGCGCCUGUGUCGGCGACGCUAUCGAUUCACGGAGCGGAUAUCUCAUCUCUGCUUGUGGAGGAGAACGCGGGCGUCUCCUAUAAGAACUUGGCCGGCACGAAGCAGGCGCUGGAGGUGAUUCUUGCGGAUGCUGGGAUCAAUUCUGUGCGCCAGCGCGUGUGGGUUAAUCCGAGCGGCGGGUCGUACGAUCUGGAUUAUAACAUCAAGUUGGCGAAGAGGGUGCAGGCGCGGGGCAUGAAGACAUAUCUGGAUCUGCAUUUAAGUGAUACGUGGGCUGAUCCGAGUGCCCAGACUACACCCAGCGGCUGGUCGACAACGGACAUUGACACGCUCGCCUGGCAACUGUACAACUACACAAAAGAGGUGUGCGACACCUUUGCGGCGAACGACCUCACCGUCGAGAUCGUCUCGAUCGGCAACGAAAUCCGCAGCGGCCUGCUCUGGCCCCUCGGCAAGACCAGCAGCUACGCCAACAUCGGCCAGCUCCUGCACUCCGCCGCCUGGGGCGUCAAGGACUCCGAUCUAGCGACAACCCCCAAGAUUUUGAUUCACCUGGACAACGGCUGGUCCUGGUCCGAGCAGGAAUACUUCUACGACACAGUGCUGAACAGCGGGUCGACCUUUGUCUCGUCGGACUUUGACUACAUCGGCGUCUCCUAUUACCCCUUCUAUACCUCGAGCGCGACGCUGGCGUCGCUGAAGACCAGCCUGACCAAUCUGCACUCGAGGUACGGCAAGGAUGUUCUGGUCGUGGAGACCAAUUGGCCGUAUUCGUGCCCGAACCCGGCGUACUCGUUCCCGUCGGAUCUCUCGUCCAUUCCAUUCUCCGUGGCCGGACAGCAGAAGUUCCUGAAGGACCUGGCGGCUGUGGUCUCGGCUGUCUCAGGUGGGUUGGGUAUCUAUUACUGGGAGCCUGCGUGGGUGGGCAAUGCUGGGCUGGGCAGCAGCUGUGCGGACAAUCUGUUGUUCAGUUAUUCGAACGAUGAGGAGCGGUCGAGUCUGGCGACGCUGGGAACAGUGUAA